AUGGCCAGCGUCGGAUCAAAUUUCGAGGGUGUCCCACUGUUGGUGUCUAUCACUCCACCCAUCCUAGGAAUGAUGACCUCGACCCUCGUCGUCUCCGAUGCGACGGUCAAUCAAGCGCUCACCUCGUUAUCGACUGCUCUCGACCGCCUGCGAGCUUUGACAUUCAAGGCGCGUGGCCGCGUCAGUAGUGGCGACCCUGCGUCCCAACUCGGACGACCUUGCAGCGACUCUCUCGUUGCCGCUGGUGCAGGUCAGACUAGUAUCGGUCUCGGACUCUACCCAUCGACCCCUAAGACGUCCUCGAGCGGCCCUCCCAUCGUCGAAUGGCACGACGUCGCGGCUCAACGAUUCGCACGCCUCGCGUUGACGACCUUCAUCGAGUGGGCGAGCGUCGUGCGCGCUCUUCAGGAAGUGUACACUUCCACCACCCACUCCUCUGACCCUGUUGGAUACUCUGACAAUCCUGGGUCCGAGAUCAAGAUCGCUGGCGAGUACGGCCUCGAAUUGGUCCUGCGAGUGCUCAAGCGCUUCCAACGCUUCGAGUUCGACGAUGACAAGGCGGAAUGCGUCGAGUGGUGUCAGCGACUGGAGGGGAUGAUUCAAGCUCAGAUGUGAGGGCUUGAUGUCUGCUUCGACGGUGAGAAAGUCUCUUGAUGUCUCUUGCUUCUUUCACAGUGUCAAGUGCCAGACCGCCACGGCUCCCCCCGUCGUCAAGGAUCCCACCCUCGCUGUGACGAGCUCGAACGUGAACUCGGAAAUGGUCCCAAGCUUCUCCCGACCCGUUCUGUCAAUAAACGCUUCUCAGUCGGUCGCGUGAGCUGCACAGCGCUGAUAAGAGUGAAAUUGGAGUACAAGCUGAUCAUUUUCCGCUCAACAGAGCUGAGACUCCCGUCGCAGCAACUCCAGCCGCGAACCCACCUUCGAUCCAAGACACCGCUCCUAGCCCUCCUGCUCAACAUGCAUCACACGCCGCAAUCGACUCGUCGCCCAGUGUCCGAGCAGGAGGUGUAAUCAGCUCGAGAUCACAUGUUGAGGAGACCCCUCAAGCUUCCGAGAUGACGGCUCCCCUCUCACCCGACGAUUCGGUUCCCGAGUUGACGAGGACCAAGAAGCGUUCCGCUCGAGCUGCGCAACUCGAUCAAGUCCAAGUUCUUUCAGAACCAGCAUUGGCCACUGAAGCCAAUAAAGAGUCAAGAAUCGAGACCACAACUUUGACUGACCGCGGAUCAUCUCGUCAUGCAAGGAACGUCUCCCACUCGAGUACCAAGUCCGCGAGCCCCGGCCUCUCGUCGCCGACUUCUUCGAGCAGCAUGAUCACCAAGCAAUCCGCCGAAUUCCCCGUUGGAUCCGUCGUACUCGCUAAAGGACUUGAAGGUCGAGAAGCGUCAAGUUGGACUCCAGCAGUGGUGCGUGAUGACCUUUUAUCCAAUUGUUUCGAGCUGGUUCUAAGCUGAAAGCUGAUUACGAUUCGGUACACGCGCAGGUGUUUGACGGCGCGACGGCCCCUGUCGAACAAGCUGAGAUUCUCGGAAAACGCAAUUUCGCUUCGUUGCUCGUCUCUGUUCUGGGAGGUGAUACUUGGUGGGUUAUCAUCCUGUUCCUGGGCUGACCUGUUUUGAUAUGGCGUAUAUUGACAUGCGGGUACUCUCAUCUAACGUCUUGAACGUGAGCGAAGGCACUGGAUCCCAGCCUCGCGCCUCAAGCCCCCCAGCCCCUCCCACAUCUCUCGUCUGACCAAAGACCUGGAACAUCGCCUGUCCCGAACCAAGAAGACGGACAAGACUCAGAUCCAACACCUCCAUGCCCAAAUGACUGAGUUGAAAUUGGCGAUGGAUGGGAGGGGUGUGGAGAAGUGGGUGGAGGCGAGGAUCAAAGGGGGUGAGGAGUGGGACAAGGGGAGGCGCGAUGCGGCGGUGUGGUUGACGGGUGGGGGGGAAGGGGAAGAGAGUCAGGGCACUGACGUGAGUCUGAUUUUAUGGGGAUAAGAGCGAGUGGGAUGAGCGGAUGCGCUUCGUGGGCUAGCGCUGAUAGGGGGUGUUUUUUGGCACUUGCAGAGGACUGAAGUGUGCACGUGUCGCAAGAUCUGGCAAGAAGAGGCGAGUGAAUUUAGUCCUACAGUUUUAUCGGACUCACUGAUACUCACAGUAACAUCAACCUACAUCAUUAGGAGCUGAUCGGCUGCGAGAGCGGCGCAGCAUGCAAAGGCUACGAAUGGUAUCACGCCUCUUGCGUCGGCCUCGAUCCCGAUAACAUUCCGGACAAGUAUUACUGUGAGGCUUGUUCGAGGGGAUGA